CAGCAGAUGAGGAACACACAUACAGAUGAGGGACACACCCAGCAGAUAGAGAGAAGCACUCCUAGCAGACGAGGGACACACAUCCAGCAGAGGGACACACCUCCACUUGCCAAGCUCUCGGCAUUCUCUUCCCGUUAUCUUUCACACUCCUCCUCAGCCUUACAACAAAAACAAGACACAGCGUAUAUAGUUUUACUGGCAAUGGAGGGCCCUGAGCCAACAACUAGAGCGACAGCAACAGGACAAGAUGGGAACCAUGAGGCGGACCAGGAGCUGCUGAUGACCAGCAAACCUCUGCAUCGAUUUAUCACGAAGGAGCCCAAGGUUCUUGGGAUUGUCAUUCUGAUCUGUGGCUGCGCAGAGCUCCUGAUGGGAUUUCAUCUGGUGUCUGAAAGUGUGCAAAACUCUUGUGCAAUCUACAUCCCCUUCUGGCAGGGAAUUCUGUUUCUUGUCUGUGGAAAACUGUCUAUCUACACCGAGAUACAUCCAUCCAAGAAGAUGGUGACUGUGUGUUUGGCCAUGUAUGUGGUUUCCAUCUUAGGGGCUGUAAUCUCCAUUGGUUUCAGGAUGUACUACUUAUCCUAUCAAAGCUACCUUAAAUACAUGACAAGACGCGCAGACGACAACUGGGCCAGAGGCAGAAUGGAACAGCUGUUAGGUGUUGAAGGCUUGCUGUUCACGUCCUCUCUGUGUGUGGCAGGGAUCCUCAUCUUCUUGUCUUCUGUCGCACGUUUAGCACUGAAAUCGACAAACACGCAGGUUAUUGUCAGGUGCAUCCCGGCGCCAGCACAGAGUGACGCAACACCGAACUAAGAUCAGUCUUUUCCAAUCAUUAGUCUACUAAUAUUUCAUAUUGUUUUCCUGCAGUUCACGUAAACAUAUCACAAUUCUCUACAAUAUAUUACAUGUGAAUGAUACACCACCUAGUGGCUUAUAUUGUACGGUACAUUACAACUUGACAGUAUGUGUAACAGUGUAUGUUGUUAGCACAGAUGUCUGACAAAAAAGAAAUGCAUUACUAAAUCACAGUUGCUUUUUGUAAAACUUUUUUUGAAUCCACACAUUAAGGGGAACACAGUUACUAAUAUAUCAAGGGAGGCUUAAGUGUACUUACUGUAUAAACACUUAACGUUAUUACAUUAACCACACUGCACAUUAGACUUUGAAUCAAAGCCUGAAAGUUAACACUCUUACACAAUGUUAUAUUACCUCAUGUUAUAGUGAUAGGUUUAAAGGGAAGACAUAUGUUUACAUUGGAGUAAGUAGGUGUUAGUACCUUUUGUGUUUGCUCCACAAUCACAUGAAAUCCAACCAUGAAGGUUUUUAAUCUAAACACAUCCCCCCAGUAAGAGUUUCAACAAUGUAUUGUGGACACUUUGAUAUUUCUGAUCAGCAGCAUCAUUAAUACAGUAUUUUCGGUGUUUGGGCCGACUCUGAUCCAAACAUCCUCUGUGUGAUCCCCUUAUGUACAUUUAGCCCAAAGACAAAUAAUAUACAAUCAUAAUCAAAACAGCAUUUGGUAUAUCGGAAUAGAUUUGGGUUAGAAUCUGCUUGCAGAUUGUUCAUGAUCAUUGUUAGCAUAUUCCUAGCUUAGCGUUUGAUGUAUAUGUUUAUAUAGUUCAACAUGUUCGACAUGACUGUGAUAUACUGAGCCUAACUGGAAACCUGUUUCCAUCUUUUGCCUUCGAAUGUCUGAAGAACAGAUUUGGGCGGGGGUCACUUUUCAAGUAGCUUUAGCUCUUAACUAUAUUUGAUGCAAUAAAUGUGAUGUAUGUUGUUUGUUUAAUACAGAAUAAAAGAAAAACUGAUGCUCA